UCUCACUCUUAGUCUUUGCUGAAACAUUGGCAUGGGAACGCUUCGUGCGUUCCAUUGUUUGUCAACAAUACAAUAAACAUGGUGUUAUAAUAAAUUGUGGUUAACAUAUUUGCGGUAUGGAAUGUGAGAGAAAACGAUUCCCGGAAUUAUACCAGUUUGAAGGCUUAAUGCUAUGGAAAUAUAUAAACGGCGUUACUUUCUUCUGUCAAUAUGUGUGUUACAGUUGAUUUUAACCCUUGAACGCCAAGUCUUCGAUUUUCUAGGAUACAUGUGGGCUCCAAUCCUUGCCAAUUUCUUCAAUAUAAUUUUUGUUAUUUUUGGUUUUUUCGGAGGUUUCCAGUACAAACAGAAGUAUAUAAUUAUGUACAUGGUGUGGUGUGUUAUUUGGGUUGCUUGGAACAUCUUCAUUAUUUGCUUCUACUUACGUGUAGGCAUUUUUGAUAAGGACAGUGAUGUGUUGAACUUGGGCACUGGCAGUGCCAGCUGGUGGGAAGUGAAUGGCGCAGGGUGCAGGCCAGUGUACUCCACAAACCUCACAUUAACCGAACCAUACCCAUUUCGGCCCAUCCGUCCGGAGCAAGUUACAGGAUGUGUGCUAGAAUAUCAAUACAUUGAAACUUUACAUGCUGCUGUUCAGUGUUUCUUUGCAGUUUUGGGUGGUAUUGGCGGUGCUACUCUAUGUUGUGUAUUUAAUGUGGAAAAUGAACCUUCAGUAAAAAAUAAGUUCAAUGCGAAGCAAAAUGGUGGCACUAACCAUACCUCCUUAUACUCUAUACAAUUCAGUCAACAUGAUGUUGAUGACAACAUUGAGUAUGAAGAAGAAAGCAGGACGCCAGGCGGCAGACCACUUUCUCCUCGACCAAUGACACCAAGAAGAGUGAAACGUCGCAGUGUUAUCUCACGUGGGUCAACGAGUCGUUCAUCGCAACAUGAAAAACAUGGAAGUGUGCGCUACAAUAAUACACUCCACGGAUCGAAUCGGGCUUCUUACCGCCGACCUAAAAUCCUACAUCAAAAUCCAGUUACGCGCAUCAUAGAACAACAGCAACACAAUCUUGACAGUUCAAAUACGUUUAGUGAAUUGAAUCAGCUUCCUUUCCCUGUCUCGUCACAGUCUAGUCUUGUUCCAUCAUCUUCUCCACAUUGGAAGAAGCCUUUAAGUCAUACGAAUCCUUUGCAUCAGCAGAACUGUACUCAUUCUUUGAGUAAUGAUGACAUAUACAAUAAUCGACCAUCAUCUGCUAGAUCAAGUUAUUCAAACUAUCAUGGGACAAGACCCAUCAGUUGUUUUGUGGAACCUGGAGGUGCAAGUGCCUAUUACAUUGGUAGCCAGGCCACCCCACAAGUGUUUGUUGCGAAUACACACAGACGUAGUAGCCACAGAACUCCUUCGACAACAGCUUUUCUAAACAGUGGACCUCCUCCGUACGAUAGUAGUGCAAAUUUCAAUUCCGAGACUGCUAUAUGAAAAAUUGAUAAUAGAUGUCGAUGGUAAACAAUUCUAUACCAAAUAUUACACAAUUUUUUACAUAAAAAAUGUGAUUUUUUUUAAUAUUGGACAACAGUGAGAUGUUAGAACUGGAACAUUUGUCAGUGAAGUUAUUUGUAAAUUUUUGGGUGCACAAUGCAAACUUUUAAACAAUGUGUUGUAAAUAAGUAUAUUUUGCACAGAGAAUUAAAAUAUUUUUGCAAACAAA